GGAGGUGGGUAAAGGGAGAGAUGGAGAAGGGGGUUUGGAUGACUGGAGUCAGCCUGCUCCUCAGCGGCUCCGCUCUCCUGCUGCUGACCACGGCCAUCUUCACUGACCACUGGUACGAGACCGACCCCCGGAGGCACAGGGCGGCCUGUGAGCGCGCUCCCGUCCCGGGGACCGGCGGAAGAGGAGGCGGCGGCGGCCGGGUCAUGCCCAUCCCGAACCUGCCGCUGAGGGAACGCAGCAAAGCCGAGGAGCCGGUGGUCCCGGGGGCCAGGGGGCCUCUGAAAGCCCUGGCCCCGUUCACCCCGGGCCCGGCCAGUGAGCAGGAGCUGCUGGAGAGCUGGCGAUCGGUGCUGGGGCUCGGCGUCUUCGAGUCGGACUGCAGCCGUCCUCUGUUCGCCAGCUACACUGGGCUCUGGAGGAAAUGUUACUACAUGGGCAUCGACCGAGACAUUGACCAACUCAUAUCCAAGGGAAUUGCGCAGAGAUGCACAUCUGUCAAGUAUCACUACUCCCAGCCCAUUCGUCUAAGAAAUAUUCCUUUCAAUCUUACAAAAACCAUCCAGCAGGAUGAAUGGCAUCUGCUGCAUUUGAGGAGAAUCACAGCUGGAUUCCUGGGCAUGGCAGCUGCUGUCCUGCUGUGCGGGUGUAUUGUCGCAUCAAUGAGCUUCUUCUGGGAAGAAAGUCUCACUCAGCAUGUGGCAGGCCUCCUUUUCCUAAUGGCAGGAAUCUUUUGCACAAUUUCUCUUUGCACAUUUGCAGCCAGCAUUUCGUAUGAUCUUUCACGUCAACCAAAAUUUAUCUAUGGCCUACCAAAUGAUGUUGACCAUGGGUACAGUUGGUCCAUUUUCUGUGCAUGGUGUAGCCUAGGGUUAACGAUGAUGGCAGGCUGUUUGUGCACUGCAUUGCCAUUCCUCAGCAGAACCAAGACAAUCCAUCAAAAGUCCAUCAGAGAUUCUUCCGUUUGAGCACCAUUUGAAAAAUACAGUUGAUUUUAUGCAAGAUCUGUGGUUCUCCAGUCUGAUCUUGUGUUGGGAGUGUGGCAUAUGAAUCAUGCAUCUGUGUUUUUGAUUCUCUGUAGAUUCUGCCAUAAACUACUUACAAUAAAUCUGCAUUUGUGUCUUUAAAACACAAAAUUGUUAUUUAAAAGAACUGCACCAUUCAAUGUAAACGAUACAAAAAAACUCAUCAAACAACUACUGAUAAUAUGCCACUUGAAAUUACAAAUACUUCGUGACUAACCACUGCUGCCUCAGUUUUUCUUUGGUCUUACCUGUUCUGAGAUUAGUUGAAAUUAUUUUAUUAUGGUGGUUGUUUUCUGUGCAAUACCAGUUGUAUUAUUGUUGUAUUCCAAAUGCAAAAAGGUAGGAAUAUUAAACUGGGCUCAGCUAUUGAAAUAUAUUGGAUAUAUUGAAAUUGUACCUUCAAUUUUACAAUGUUACUUUAUUGAUAUUCAACAGGAAAACAUAUCAAUAUGUCUCUAUGAGUAAAGCACACUGGGAGUAAAAUUGAUCUUUGGUGAUCAUGCAAAAUGGGCAAUAGGAAAUUUGGAAACCUUUUUAUAUCUGCCCAAUGUUUUUGCAGUUGAUUUCGAAGAAAAUUGAGUGGGAUGCAAAAUGGGCCAAUGAUUCACCAUCACUCACUUAGCACAACCAUCUACUUUGAACUGCCAGGUCCAAGCAUCAGUUUGCACUUUUACAUUCCAAGUAUUGCCUCUCUUAAAGCUGUGGUGAUUAUUUAACUAAACCAUGUACUUUGAGUAAGGUUCAACUGUAAUUAUUUGACAAUACUGUGCUGUCAAUUGCUGUGUUAAAUUUUGUGAAUGAAAAUGUGAAUAAUUGGUACAAUUGUUACAAUAUUUCCAUAAUAUGGUACUGAGUGUAAAUUCUUUGUGCUGUUUCUCUGUAGACACUGCUUUUAUUUUAAUAAACUUUAAGUCUCAGUAGGUUAGAAAUUGGAUUGCACCUGGUUGUAUCCCUAUAUACAGUAUAUCUAAUCCAGGGCUGGACCAUGCAAAAUUGGCCCACAGGCCUCCUCUGUUUACUGUUGACAAACUGCAGAUGCCAGUGAAGGCCUUGGAAGCAAUUCAUGGUUCUUUGAAGAACAAUAAUCAGACUGUUGAGAUGGUAGGCAGAGGAGGAGGAGGGAGGGUGGGGGGAGAUUGGAAGGGAGGGAAACUUAACGUGGAGCUGAGAGGAAUACUCUUCCUGUCUUCGCAAUAAGGUGAGCUACAAAAAAAUAACUUUCAGGGAGCAGCUUCCAGCAGACCCUUGCCUUUGAAAAUAAUUAGUUUCUGCCUACAACCUUCAUAGUGUACAUAAGUCAGUUGCUAAAGAGUUUUAGAGGAUGAGCCGUUCAUUGCAUAUACAAAGGGACGAUUGCCUUUUUGGGCACAGGCUGUGAAUAUCUUUACAAUUUAAUCAGCAGUACAUGUUAAGUGUGGAAUGCAUGCCACCCGUGAUAUUGAUACUUAGGUGCCCAUUUUACAGGUGCAAAAGGUUUGACACCUAUGAAUUUCUGGGCAAGUACGUUUAUUUUAAAUAAAUAGUCUCCAAGAUAGCUCUUCCUUUGUAGGUAUGAGAUACCAUCCGAGAAAACCUGCUUAGUUCCAAUAUGAGAUAAUAUUGUGCCGCUUUGUAUGAAUUGUGUCCAUACUUGCAUAUUGUGCAACAAUUCUGUAUGACGCAAAAAGUUUAAUGUCUUUAUGUUAGAGAAGUGACAUUUUUAUUUUCAAAAGUGAGAUAAACAUAUCUGGUAACAAAAAUCUUUCUUCCAAUAAAAAUUAUCCAAUGAAAAUUUACCUUUU